CUUGCCUGCACUGUGGUCGCAUUAGCGCUACAUAUGCCAAUGAUCCUCUGGUCCAACUUGAUGAGUUCUAUAGUACGCUAAGGGGUAGGUAUUGAGCGCGUGCCAUGCAGCCUCGGGGGAUCGCCUGGACCCAUCUUCUGCUCAACCUUGCCGUCUAUGUCCUAGGCUGUCAAGCCGCAUGGGUGCGGAAGUACCACUGUGAUUCCUCGCGAUCCAGUGUCCCAGGAGAGUCCCCAUUCUGGAUUGACAGCUUCCGCGGCUCAUUGGACACGUUCGAUGGCUCGACUUCACUGUCGUUGUCAAUCCUCGGUGUCCACAAUGAGUCCCAGUUUGCGUGCGAUGACCUCAACCUGACCGGGCUUGACACGGAAUUGCGCUUUCAUGUGCUUGGCUUCCCCGUUGGCAAGGUGGGGCAUUAUGAGAGCCAAUGUCCUCUGCCACCUACUGACCCGUUGAUACCUCCGGAGGGGUUGCUUUUCUCAAAGUAUCUAUUUACGUACUCCUUCGGUAGUACACACCGGCUGCACACUCUCGCCGCUGAGAUUGGUUUUCAAACCACUGACGGGCUCGAAAUCGACUGCGCGGCGGUGAAGAUCACCCCAGAUGUUGGGAAAGCCGCCGCUAUAGCCUUUACCUAUAUACCCGCCGCUGUGGUGGUCCUUGUCGCGAUCACUUCGUGGCUCAAGCACCAGAAUAAGGCGGGGGUGAAAUCGGUGGUAGAAUCCAGAGCCGCGUGGGCUAACCAGGGCCCUAUAUGGGAGAUCAUCCUCGAUAUCACCGACUAUAUACGAUACCUUCAGUUCAUCUUUCUGGCUGGCUCACUUACUAUAGAAUAUCCGGGCUUCUACCAGCCAAUAGUAAGUCAGGUGGCCUGGUCCUCACUGUUAUAUUGGACAGGCCCUAUUGAUCAUGGUUUUACGUACACAGGAGUAGAGGAUGGUAUGUAUGUGAGCAAUGCAUCGUAUGGGCUCGAGUAUAUGGUGCAGAUGCUCGGCUUUCCUCAGAUGCCUGAUGUCAUGCUCGAUGCGUUUAUCAAUCUUUUCAUUCUGGUUUCUGGUCUUAUUGUGGUUCUUCUGGUUAUUUGCCUGAUAACGUCAGGUUCGGGCUACUUGCCUUCGUUGACCGCAAUUCUUUGGCAGGGAGGUUAUAUCGUCCUAGGGGUGACUCUCUCAUUCUUCAGUCUCCCUCUUCUGUCCUACAUGUCAUACGAAUUGAUCCUGAUUGGAUACCUUCCCAACUACCGCGUCACUCUAGUCAGUUUGACAAUGGCUGCCAUAGUUUGCGCAAACUAUCUGAUCUUCCGUCAUUUUGAGCAAAAGGAUCUGAGCGAUACAUCGUCUGCGGAAGGUUCUGACCAAGACAAUUCGCUGACCGGUCCAAGGAGGCUGCUGCAAUACUUGGAUUAUCUACCGCAUGCUAUUCCACUAGCACAAGGUAUUAUAAUCGGUGGGCUACAGGACUGGGGCCUGGCACAGCUACUUGUGCUUGUUGGGUUUGAAGUCGUUGUCCUGAUCCAUACGGCCACACAGCGGCACGCCGGCUUUUUUAUAUCCAAGACCGCCUGGUGCGCUGCUGUUCGCUUGCUAUCUCUCAUGCUGAGCCUUGCAUUCGUGUGCACUUCGAGCGAGGUGACGAAUCAAUGGGUCGGCUAUGUGAUCUUGUGCCUUCAUGGCGCGGUAAUAAUCUUCGGGUUUCUUCUUAUCUCGCUCUGGGAGCUAUCCCGAGCUACCUCGAAAAGAAAUGGUAGAAAUAAUGAUACAUUGUCGGAGGACAUGAUUGUGAUGCCGGUAGGUUAGCCAAGAUUUUCUCACCUAUCAUACCUACUUGCAGGAACUCACCAGUUAUCAGCCUCUGAAUCAUGACGACCGUUCCUUUAAUCCUCAAGACGCCGAUGCCAUGCACCGAGCGAAAAGCCCGAACUACAGUCUUAAUAAGCCUAGUUUCGACAGCCUGGCCAGCUCCUACCGCUUGGGGUCAGCUGGGACAUCCCUUGAACGCCCUAAGGAGAGUCGCAACUCGG